CCGAGAUUUUGAAAUUUUUCUCGUAAAGUCGCCAAUGUGAAGAUCAUUUGUAUCAACUGAGCAUCGGACUGGCAGUAAUGAGCACUUGAUUCAACUGCCGUUUUGCAGCACGAGAUAGCUCUUUUCGUGAGCCCGUGAGCUGCAUCUGCCACCCGGCAUUGAGCCCCCCUCUUCCCCGAAGUCAUCCGCAAUCCCGCCAGUAAGCGCGAGUCCGCCUCUGUACGACUUCAAACCAACAGAAUGGCUGCCGUUCAGCACCAGCCCGCCACGGCGAAGGUCGUCGACGCCAGUGACGACGGGUUCAUGUGCCUGGAGCUCAAGGAUGGCUCGUCCUAUCAGGGCUAUAGUUUUGGUGCUAAGAAGAGCAUCGCUGGAGAGUUGGUCUUCCAGACUGGCAUGGUGGGGUACCCUGAGAGUGUGACCGACCCUUCAUACCGCGGCCAGAUCCUUGUCAUCACGUUUCCUCUUGUAGGCAACUAUGGCGUUCCAUCUCGAGAAAAGACCGACAAGCUACUAGGGGACCUGCCCGAAUACUUCGAGUCAAACGAAAUUCACAUCGCCGGUCUCGUGACAGCCUCAUACUCAGGCGAGGAUUAUUCCCACUACCUCGCCUCGUCCUCCCUAGGAACCUGGUUGAAAGAGCAGGGAAUACCGGCCAUAUAUGGUGUCGACACCAGGGCCUUGACAAAACGGAUCAGAGAGAAGGGAAGCAUGCUAGGUCGCCUCCUUCUGGAGAAACGCGACUUAAGCAACGGGGCUACUAAUGCUGUCCAAGGAAACACCGUCCCCACCGCUGAGCAUUGGAAGUCAUCUUAUGAACAAGUGGACUGGGUCAACCCUAACGAGAAGAAUCUUGUUGCCGAGGUCUCCAUCAAAACCCCCAAGUUGUACCAGCCCAGCCCAGAAACAGCGUUGAAACACGCUUCUGGGCGCACCGUCCGAGUUCUCUGUCUGGAUGUCGGAAUGAAAUAUAACCAGCUACGAUGUUUCUUGAAACGCGGCGUUGAGGUCCUCGUAUGUCCCUGGGAUUACGACUUCUCCACGGAUGCCGGAAAAGAAUAUGAUGGCCUCUUCAUCUCUAACGGACCUGGUGAUCCGGCUGUCAUGCAAGAGACAGUCAAGCAUAUUUCUGCCACCAUGAAAGCCAAUCAAACACCUGUCUUCGGAAUCUGUCUUGGACAUCAGCUGCUUGCGCGUGCAGCUGGGGCUGCAACCGAGAAGAUGAAGUUCGGUAACCGUGGGCAUAACAUUCCCUGCACGAGUAUGGUCACCGGAAAGUGUCACAUUACUUCGCAAAAUCACGAAUGGAAAGAGCUGUUUGUUAACGCCAACGACGGCAGCAAUGAGGGCAUCAUGCAUGUCAGCAAGCCUUAUUUCAGUGUCCAGUUCCAUCCUGAGAGCACUCCGGGGCCCCGAGACACCGAGUUUCUUUUCGAUGACCCGAAGCUUCUCAACGCCCCGAAGCUGCAUCCGAGAGUCAAUGUCAAAAAGAUUCUUGUACUUGGAAGCGGAGGUCUCAGCAUUGGGCAAGCAGGCGAGUUCGACUACUCUGGAAGUCAAGCUAUCAAAGCUCUGAAAGAGGAGGGCAUUUACACAACGUCCAAGGCUGAAUUUGUUCGCAAAGUCAUCGUUUACGAGCGUCCGGAUGCGAUAUACGUUACGUUUGGCGGCCAGACGGCCUUGCAACUCGGAGUCAAGGUCCUUGGCACCCCUAUCGACACCAUCAUCACCACCGAAGACCGUGAACUCUUCGCUCGAAGCAUGGAAUCGAUCAAUGAGAAGUGCGCCAAAUCAGCUUCCGCCAGUAGUGUCGACGAGGCUAUGGAAGUCGUCAAGGACAUCGGGUUUCCCGUUAUUGUCAGAGCUGCUUACGCUCUUGGUGGUCUUGGAAGUGGCUUCGCCAAUAACGAGCCCGAUCCCCAGAUCGAGUAUGAGGUGGUGCGAGAUGCCCAAGACAACUGUAUUACCGUCUGCAACAUGGAAAACUUCGAUCCUCUUGGUAUCCACACAGGCGACUCCAUCGUUGUUGCACCGUCCCAAACGCUUUCGGAUGAGGACUACAACAUGUUGCGAACUACCGCAGUCAACGUCAUCCGCCACCUCGGAGUUGUUGGCGAGUGUAAUAUUCAAUAUGCGUUGAACCCAGACUCGAAGGAAUACUGCAUCAUUGAAGUCAACGCUAGAUUAUCUCGGUCGUCCGCCCUCGCAUCAAAGGCGACAGGCUACCCUCUGGCAUUCAUAGCCGCUAAGUUGGGUCUCGGCAUCCCUCUCAAGGACAUCAAAAACUCGCCAUCUCUUGAUUAUGUGGUCGUCAAGAUGCCCAGGUGGGAUCUGAAAAAGUUUACUAGGAGUGUGGGCGAAGUUAUGAGCAUCGGCCGAAGCUUCGAGGAAGCGAUCCAGAAGGCGAUUCGUGCUAUUGACUUCCACAAUCUUGGGUUUGGAGAGACGCCGGCGCUGAUGUCCAUCGAUGACGAGCUGCAAACCCCGUCGGACCAACGCCUCUUUGCCAUUGCCAACGCCAUGCACACUGGAUACUCGGUUGACAAGAUCUGGGAAAUGACCAAAAUUGAUAAGUGGUUCCUGCACAAACUGAUGGGAUUGAGCACCUUUGCCAAAUCUAUGGCCGAAUAUGACACUAGCUCCAUUGCAAAACGCCCUGAUGUGCUUCGUCAGGCAAAGCGUCUUGGAUUCUCUGAUCGCCAACUGGCCAAGUUCUGGGAUUCCAACGAGCUUGCUGUCAGAAGAAUGCGACUCGAGGCUGGUAUCACGCCGUUCGUGAAGCAGAUCGAUACCGUUGCGGCGGAGUUCCCUGCUUACACCAAUUACCUUUACCUUACAUACAAUGCAUCGGAACACGACAUGACCUUCAAUGACCACGGUGUCAUGGUUCUUGGAUCCGGUGUCUAUCGUAUCGGUUCCUCUGUGGAAUUCGAUUGGUGCUCCGUAAGAGCCAUUCGCACGCUCCGGCAGCUCAAAUUCAAGACGGUCAUGGUCAACUACAACCCCGAAACCGUCAGCACAGACUACGAUGAAGCAGACCGCCUGUACUUUGAGAACAUUAACCUGGAGACGGUCCUCGAUAUUUACCAAAUGGAAUCUUCGAGCGGUGUUCUGGGCGCCAUGGGUGGUCAGACACCCAACAACAUCGCGCUGCCGCUGUCACGUUCCGGUGUCAAGGUACUAGGCACGUCUCCGGAGAACAUUGAUAAUGCCGAGAACCGAUACAAGUUCUCACGAAUGCUCGACAAGAUUGGCGUGGACCAGCCGACCUGGAAGGAACUUACGAGCUUUGCAGAGGCUAAGUCGUUCUGUGCCACGGUUACAUAUCCUGUACUUGUUCGACCUUCCUACGUUCUUUCUGGUGCUGCCAUGAAUACAGUCUACUCGGAGGCGGAUCUCGAAUCCUACCUUGACCAAGCUGCCGAGGUUUCUCGUGAACAUCCCGUUGUCAUUACGAAAUACAUUGAGAACGCCAAGGAGAUUGAAAUGGAUGCCGUGGCAAAAGAUGGCAAGGUCGUUGGCCACUUCAUUUCUGAGCAUGUCGAAAACGCUGGUGUUCAUUCAGGCGAUGCCACUUUGAUCCUGCCACCCCAAGAUUUGGAAAAGACAACCAUCCAGCGCAUUGAGGAAGCAACGCAGAAGAUCGGUCUUGCUCUGAAUGUUACAGGUCCAUUCAACAUUCAAUUCAUCGCUAAAGACAACGACAUCAAGGUCAUUGAAUGCAACGUGCGAGCGUCGCGUUCAUUCCCCUUCGUGUCCAAGGUAAUGGGGGUAGAUCUCAUUGAGAUGGCCACCAAGGCCAUCAUGAACGCGCCAUUUGCGGAGCACCCCCCUACCAACAUUGCUCCGGACUGUGUGGGAGUCAAAGUCCCGCAGUUCAGUUUCUCUCGUCUUUCCGGAGCUGACCCCGUACUGGGUGUGGAAAUGGCCUCCACCGGAGAGGUCGCUUGUUUCGGUAGCGACAAGUACGAGGCCUAUUUGAAGGCUUUGAUAUCGACAGGCUUCAAGAUCCCCAAGAGCAACAUCCUGCUCUCCAUUGGCUCCUUCAAGGAUAAGAAGGAGAUGUUGCCAUCAGUUGCCAAGUUGCAGCGAAUGGGCUACAAGCUGUUCGCUACUGCGGGUACUGCCGAUUUCCUCCAGGAGCAUGGUAUCCCCGUCCAGUAUCUCGAAGUUCUCGGGAAAGAGGAAGACGACGACCAAAGAUCCGAGUACUCGCUGACGCAGCAUCUUGCUAAGAACAUGAUUAAUCUCUACAUCAAUCUGCCAUCCAACAACAAGUACCGCCGUCCUGCCAACUACAUGAGCAAGGGAUACCAAACGCGGCGAAUGGCCGUAGACUACCAGAUCCCUCUUGUUACCAAUGUCAAGAAUGCCAAGAUUCUUGUGGAAGCUAUCGCAAGACACUUUGACCUUGACAUUGGGAACCGCGACUUCCAAACGAGUCAUCGCACUGUCGUGCUGCCGGGUCUCAUCAACAUCGCUGCCUUUGUACCCGGAAUCAUCUCCCAGAGCAGUAAUGAUCUCCAGACUAUCACCAAGACCUCAAUCGCUUCAGGCUUCAGCAUGGUGCGCAUCAUGCCGAUGGGCAUUGAGGGUUCCAUCACAGAUGCCAAGACAUUGAAGCUUGCACAGCAAAACAGCAAGCGUGGCGGAUAUUGUGAUUACAACUUCUUGGGCUCUUUGUUCAUCCCAUUCAACCAUUUGUCAGACAACAUCAACAAGGUGGCGGCGGUCACGACGCAUUUCGACUCGUGGCCGACGCACAAGCCCAUCCUGACGGACGCGAAAACCACCGAUCUCGCCUCCAUCUUGUUGUUGGCUAGCCUUCACAGUAGGCGCAUCCAUGUCACUAGUGUGACAACCAAGGAAGACAUUCGCAUAAUUGCCCUGAGCAAGGAGAAGGGUCUUAACGUAACCUGCGAUGUCUCCAUCUACUCACUCUACCUGACACGGAAGGAUUAUCCCGACUGUCUUGGCUUGCCGACUCCUGAAGACCAACAGGCUCUAUGGGAUCAUCUUGCCACGAUUGACGUCUUUUCCAUUGGCAGCCUUCCCUACCAGCUUUGCCAUGGCACCGGCUCGACCACGAACCCGUCAGUAGGCAUUGCAGAUGCAUUGCCAUUGCUGUUAACUUCGGUCACCGAGAACAGGCUGACGUUGGAUGAUAUCAAGACGCGCCUGUAUGACAACCCUAAGCAGAUCUUCGAGCUUCACGAACAGGUUGGGACAUCUGUAGAGGUGGAAAUUGACAGGCCAUACACUGUGCCGUCAACGUCACUUUGGUCACCGUUUGUGGGGAAAACAAUGCGCGGAGCUGUUCAGAGAGUUACCUUCGGCGACAAGACGGUUUGCCUUGACGGAGAAAUGCUCCCCAUUCCUCCUCUGGGCAAGGACAUGUCAACCCAUGGUAGCAUGCCGGUGCCGAUGUCACCACCCAUGAGGCCUCUGCAGCAAUCCAUUAGCUACACGCCUGACAGCCCCGGGGGCAGACAUCAAUCUAUGUUUGGCGCACCAAGACCUCUAACCCAACCACGAGCUCUGGAAUCGGCAAUGGGAGAUGGUCUUGGCCUAGGGUUCCCCACGCAGAACCGAGCCGUCGACUCGCUCAGAGAGCUUCUGUCACAACCAUCCUCUUUCAAGGGUUCUCAUGUUCUCUCCGUGGCCCAAUACUCCCGUUCUGAUCUCCACCUCCUAUUUACCGUGGCUCAAGAAAUGCGACUGGGCGUGCAACGGGAAGGCGUUCUGAACACCCUCCGAGGCCGCGUGCUUACUACUAUGUUCUACGAGCCAUCUACACGCACUUCGGCCUCUUUCGAUGCGGCCAUGCAGCGCCUUGGCGGUAGGACCGUUGCUAUCAGCACGUCGACAUCUUCAGUACAGAAAGGCGAAACUUUGCAGGAUACGCUGAGGACCCUGGGUUGCUAUGGUGAUGCCAUCGUCCUCCGUCAUCCCGAAGAGAAGUCUGUUGAUAUCGCAAAGAAGUACAGUCCUGUACCUGUGAUUAACGGCGGCAACGGCAGCAAGGAGCACCCGACUCAGGCGUUCCUGGAUUUGUUCACGAUCCGCGAAGAGCUCGGUACGGUCCAAGGCCUGACCAUCACGUUUGUUGGUGACCUUCUCUAUGGCCGUCCUGUCCAUUCUCUGGUGUACCUCCUGCAGCACUACCAGGUGCAAGUGCAACUCGUAUGCCCCAAGUCGCUCGGACUUCCUUCCAAGGUGCGUGAACAGCUGAAAGCAUCGGGCCAGCUUCUUUGUGAGUCGGAGACUCUUACCAAGGAGAUUCUGGCGGCGAGCGACGUGUUGUACUGCACCCGGGUUCAGAAGGAGAGAUUUCCUAGCGUGGAAGAGUACGAGAGGGUGAAGGGGGCGUACCGCAUUGACAACAGCACGUUGAAGCAUGCGAAGAGCAGCAUGGUGGUGUUGCAUCCUCUUCCGCGGAACGAGGAGGUGGCUGAAGAGGUGGACUUCGACCAGCGUGCUGCGUACUUCCGACAGAUGCGAUAUGGUCUAUACUGCCGCAUGGCACUGCUGGCUUUGGUCAUGUCUGCUUAGAAUGAUUUGUGUGGAAGUAUUUCUCAUAGUUUUUUUCUUCUUUUUUGGGGGUGGGAAAAAACUGGAUGUGAUGAUCAGAUUGUGGUCGUGAUGUGGGUGAAAAGUAUGGAUAUUUAUAUAUAAAUGCGUAGUUGGGUUAUCUGGCUUAGCACGACUGGUUGAGGUAGAAAGGCAAAAGUGUAUUAGAAGUCGUAAGGCCCAGGCCGUUCAUGAGUGCAUUUGGAUGAUUAAACGUAUAGGUUGGGAAAUGGGCGUUACGUGUACAUACAUGUAUUAUAUGUGUUGUAUAUCUGUAUAUAGUUUGUGUGUAUAGUUGAUAUAUGUAUAUAGCUGCUGUGUGACGUGUAUGUAUUGAAUACAAUGUUGAGUGGGGCAUCCUUCCUACGUGGUGAAACAAUCAAAAACAAUCAAGUUAGGGCC